UGCUUUUCUUCCCCCCAUCACUUUUGAUCAGCACAAGUGACCCACCAUGCCAGUUAUACUCUUCUCCCACUUUUGCUUUCUUCCUUUCCUAUCUCAAACCCAAGAUGACUAUUGUUCUUUUUGGUUCCCUCUACAAGCAUACUCCUGCUGCUGAUUGGAGCUCUGUUUGGGUUCGGUGAAGCUCCUUCGACAAACUCCUUUUCCCUCUGCAAGCCAUGGACAAAGGACCAAAUAACAAAGGUCAACAUGAGGAAGCACGUUUGAAAAGGAAGUUAAUAUUAGAGGAGAAGAGAAGAAAAAGAAUGGCAUUUAGUCAACGUAAUGAACAAAUCUUGCUUCGGGCUCAUCAUGAUAUUGAAAAUCAUAUGUCAAUCGAGACUAAUUCUAUGAAGGCAGAUAGAGAAUGUUCCCUAAGAGCACUGCAUAGUACACCUUUAACAGAUAUCUCAUCCGCGAUUCUUAACAAGGCAAAUGAUAGUGUUGUGACUCCCGAUAUAACUUCAAGUUCUAAAUCCAAUAGAUGGAGUCAACCAAGCAAUCAGGUCAAGCAUGUGCAAAGAAAUGCAGUUGACAUUAAUUUGUUGGGUGUCAACCUUUUUACCAAGUUCUCUAAAUUCAAUGACAACAUCAACAAUAUAGUAGAUGCAGAAAAUUCUACUAUGGAGAGAAAGAAAAGGCCUCAACAAAGAAAAACAACCUCAAGUGUGAAGCAAUCAUUGAUGUCAGAUACACAUUUAAUAAGAGAAACACAUGUGUGUGAUCAAGAACCACAGAUCCCUGAGACUUCUCAUUGUCAUCCAGUUGAUGAUGAUGAUUCAAGUUCUGAUGAAGAAUACGGUCUUCAAGACGAACUUUGGCACGUUGAUGAUGAUGAUUCAAGUUCUAAUGAAGAUUUUGUUCUCGAAGAGGAUAGGAUCUUGGGCAUGAUAUGGCGCUAUCUAGCACAGAUGAUGAUUCAAGUUCUUAUGAAGAAUAUGUUAUUGAAGAUGAUCUUGGGCGAGAUAUUGGGACAUCUAAUACAAGAUAUGCUGAUAUUGGAAAUCCUGACUUUGAAUGUCGGCAUUGUGGAGCAUAUAUGUGGUACCAAGAAAGAACUCAAAAAGACAAAAAGACAAAGAACCCCAAAUUUAAAAAGUGUUGUGGUGAUGGGAAGAUUCAACUUCCACUUUUGAAAAGCCCCCCAAAUGUGUUGAAGCAUCUUAUGUUUGAUUGUGAUUCCCCUGAUAGCAAGAAUUUUCAACAGCAUAUACGUGCAUAUAACAUGAUGUUUGCUUUCACAUCACCUGGAGCAAAACUAGAUACGUCAAUAAAUGAUGGCAAAGGGCCGCCUACCAUUAGAAUACAAGGACAAACAUGUCAUCUGAUUGGUAGCCUAUUGCCUAAGCCUGGUGAUUCUCCAAAAUUUGCACAACUUUAUAUAGGCUUAAUCCUCAUAUUAGUCCCUGUCUUUGUGUCGCCGUCUGAACCAGGUCCCUGACCGGAAAAAUUUGUGCAAAAGGUCCUCAUUAAUGCAAAACGUAUGGAGCAAGUCCUCGCCGGAGCCCUGGGCUCCGGCGAGUGAUGAAAUGGCAUGAUGACUGUAUUAAUGAGUCCUACGUGGAAUUAAAAAAAUUAAAAAUUAGAAAUUAGAAAAGUAAAUUAAUUAAAAACCCAAAAUUAUUAUUUAACCUAAUUUCCUAAAUAAUUAGAUAGAUGGAAAACAUGAAAAUCCAUCUCCUCUCCAGCCGUUCUCCUCCUUUCAUCUUCUCAAAACCUAAUUUCUCAAUUCCGGUAGAAUCCAGAAAUUCUUCUCCUCCUCCUUUAUCUUCUUACUCUUCUUCUUCAUCAUCACCAAAGGACCCAUGAAAACCCCACCACCACCUGCAACCCCCACCCCCAACCAAAACCCCAUGAAAACCUGCAACUGAAACCCCAACCCCACCACAACCUACAACCGAUUUGACUCGAUCUAGCUUGUUUUGGGUUCGGGUACGACUAGGUUUGCUUCGGUUUGAGCUCGGGUGGUUGUUGUGGCUUGUUUGUUUCCGACAUGGGUUCAAUAGGUCGUUCUGGGUGCGGAUCUGAGUUCGAGUUCAUGGGAGAAGGAGAAGGAGUAGAGGGUGAGGAAGAACAGAGGCAGCACAUAAGCUACUGAAGAGAAGGAGAAGGAGGAAGAUGGAAAGCCAGCAGAGAUGACACAAUCAAAGAGGUUUAUUGCACAAUAUCCAAGCAAAGAUUGAAUUUUUUUAGAUGGGAUGUCCUUCUUCUUCUUCUCAUUUCAUCUUUUCCCAUUUUUGGGUCAGGUUGAGUUCUGUAAAGUAUUUUUUAUGCUCAGAUAUGGGUUUGGAACGAAAUUUGGCUCUGGAAUGAAUUAUGGUUUUGAUUUCAGUUCAGUAAAUGUGUUCUUUUGUAUUCAAAUUUGGUUUCACAUCUAGUUUCAGUUUUGAUUCGUUUUUAUGAGGGUUCAAUUCAAGAUUCUUUUCAUCAUGAGAAAUUAUGAUUUGAGGUUCUUGCUUUUGGCUCAUUGGCAACAGAUGGGGUUUAUGGGUUUGUUCCUGAAUCUGGAGUUGGGUUUGGAGACAUGAAGGAGUUGGGUUUGGGGUGAGAUUCAGGAAGGUUGUUGGGACUUCUGAGAUUGUUGGUUGAGGAAGAUUUUUUUCUGGGUUGGAGAUCAUGAAGGGAAGAAUAUUGAUGAUCCUCAUGAAUUUUUUUUUUUGUGUUUA